AUGGAAAUAAUUAAUAAAGAUAAUUUGUUUGUUAAUCUAUCACAUUUACUAUUAAAGAAAAUCAUUUCAAAUUUAGAUGAAAUAGCAGAGCGAAUUAUAUUUACACUUGUUUGUAAAAGAUGGUUUCGAGAGAGGAAUAGUUAUUUAUUUUUUAAUAAUCUAUUUGAUAAGAGUUUCGAUGAUGAUUAUAUGUUGACAAGGUUACAAUCAUACCAAUCAAUAUUAAAGUUAGAGUAUAAAGAAGAACUAUUCCUCGUUGAAGAAGCAACACAAAACUCAUAUCAAAUUACACCAAAUGAAAUUUUAGAGACAGAUAAUUUUUUCGAAUUUAAAUAUCUAACUGUUAAAUUAAAUCAAUAUGAUAUUUCAAAGUUAAAAGAUCGACUUGAGUUAUCGAAUAUAACAUAUUUACGUCUACCACCGACUACUCCUCGACUGUCAGCCGGAAGUUUACCUGAGAAUCUAGAGAACUUGAUGCUUAGUGACUAUGGUUAUCUAUUGGAGUUUGGUGAUCUUCCAGUUUCGCUGAAAGUAUUGUCGCUAUAUAAUUAUAAUCGUACACUUGUAAAUGGAUCACUCCCACCUAGACUCAAACGAUUGCGAUUGAUUCAAUGCUAUAACAAUUGUGAUUUACAAUUGAAUACGAUCAGCCAAGAUGUUUUUACAUCGACAUUGACAUCGAUUGAAAACAGCCCAUAUCAAUGGAUCAAGUAUUUUAAGUACCUACCACUGCUGGAAUCAUUUUCAUCGGAUGGCGAUAUUCCAUCGGGUUUUUUGGAGCCUGGCGACUUCCCUGACACUCUUACAAGGUUGAAACUACAAAGCUAUAAAUCAUAUAUCCGACCAGGAGUAAUACCAUCGUCAAUCAAACACUUAACACUCAAUAGCUAUUGUUGGAAUCCAUUACAAGAUUCAAUACCAAAGGAUGCACAUUAUGAACAUCUUUGUGUUUUCGACUCACCCGCUAUCGAACCAAAUCAGCUGCCACUCAAUAUUAAAAGUCUAGAAAUGUUAAGCCCAAACUAUAUCAUUGAGGGUGUGAUACCUUCCACAACCAAAUCACUUUAUCUGUUUACGAAUAUGGUGGGUAUAACUAGAAACACUCAGCGAUUAGACUCAAGAUCAAUUCCAAAUUCAGUUGAAAAUCUUUAUCUAGGCGAUGGUUACACUGAAUUCGAUUCUAAAUUACUACCAGAUUCAAUUAGAACCUUAAAAUUAAGAGCAAAAGAUAUCUUUAGAAAUGGUAUUGAUUCAUUUAAACCAUCGAUCACUUGUCUACAGGUUGGUAGCUAUACUAAACUCAAUCGUAUCGAUAAUAAUAAUUUCAUUGCUCAUACACCUGGUGAAGAGAUUGGUGUAAAAGAUUGGAGAAUUAAAAAUAUAGGUUUAGUAGAAAGAUCAAUUAUAUACGAUAAAGAUGUUAAACCAACUAUACUUGUACAGUCAUCUGUACCUUCAUUAGAUAACUAUCAUAACAAUUACCUAUUGUCUUUAUUGAAUUUAAAUGAUGGUUCUAUAAUUUGGAGACAAUUAUUACCAAGACAAGAACAUUCUUUUGAAUCUAUUAUUAGUAUAUCAAAUUCACAAAUUGUUACAUUAUCAAAUGCAAAUAAAUUAAGACUUUGGAAUAGAUUGAGUGGAUCUGUAGUUUGGUCAACUUCAUUGACAAAUACCGAUGCCUCCAAUGAGAUGUGUAGUCGUGUCGUUCAGGUGUCAGAGAAUGAAUUGAUGGUAAUUUGCGAAUCGAUGAUACAUACAGUCAGUGUAAAGUCUGGAAUGCUUACAAAGUCAUCGCCGAUCACCGAUUCUCAGUCGGUGACCGUCAUCGACAACCACAACCGUUUCAACUAUGAUAAGAAUACAUUCAAUGGUCUGCCAUUGCCUGGUAACACUGGUGGUGUCAGUAACAGCAACAAUCAGCUAACAGGUUCGUUCUUAAAGGUUAGCAGCAGCAGUGAAUCCAACAAGAAACUGGUGGUCAUUGCUAAUUCCAACACUCUCUACUUUGGCAGCGAGAAACAAUCGUUGGAAUCAUUCAAGGUUGAAGGUGCCUAUUUUAUCGAGUUGUUGGCUGCCUAUGAUGAUGCUGGUCAGUUUGCCAUCAGGGUGAAUGAGAAGUUCAUUCAUAUCUACCAGUUUGCGGACGAUGGAAAGUCGUUGGCACUCGUCAAGAAGUUGGAGCAUGUCGGUGGUGUCGCCGCUGCCAGUGGAUCCAAGUCGGCCGACUACAUCGUCAAAGAGGAGAGUGGCUCCGAUGCUGCGUUUAUCAUAUCCGGUAGAUUUGCUACCAAACUGACAGAGAAAUCCAAUGGACGUCCAGUUUAUUUGAUUACCAGUGGUGGUGGAUACUCGGUUGUCGUCACCAAAGACUGGACACUGACAGUGUAUCUACGUGACCAACUCCUCUGGCAAAGAGAGGAAUCGUUGGCUGCCAUCCUACAGACAGAGAUAACGGAUUCACUGCCGUCGAAUAUCGGAAAGUUGUCGCAGUUGGAAUACGAAUUCACAGAGUCGUCGAGCGAUAAUUUCAUGUCGCACCUGACCAGAAGAUUGUGGGCACAGUUGAACUCUGUAGUUGGAAAGUCGUUGGGUGUUGCUGUCGAUGAUCAAGCUGCCGCCGGUGUUCAUGGAGUUGAACACGCUUGGUCCGAGGAAUUCAACAAGCUUGUCAUUGUCAGUACUGCUGCCGGUAAGAUUCACUGUUUGUCGUCGAGCGACCGUGGUUUCAUCUCGUGGUCAAUCUUCUACCCAGAGUACAAUGGUGAAUCGCUACGUCUUUACAUCAGUGGAAGACAGCCAGAUAUCAAAGCGAUCGUUGUCUAUUCGACUGGUCGAGACGGCGCCGUGUCGAACAUCGUCAGCACCGUCAACAUCAACAAGGGUGUAGAAGUGGCCAGUAAGAUUAUCAAUCAGAGAAUCUUGCACUCCAGUAUCAUCCCAUUGGCAAGCGAUAAAUCUGGCAACGACAGUAGCGUUGAACAUUUGUUUAUGGCUGCUCUCGACUAUCCUGCCGGACACCCACCAAGCGUUAUGAUUCACCCAUGGACUGGAUCGGCACGUGCCAACUGGGAGUCAUUCAAAUCCAUUCACUUUUACAUUGCCGACAGAGAUCGAAGUGUUGUUCGUGGCUACUCGAUCGAGUCGAUGGCUGGACAAGGUCAGUUGAAAUCACAUCUCGAUUGGAAUCUCAACUUUGGAUCGCAACAAAAGAUCGUAGCGAUCGGCGCAAGCAAUCCACACGAAGUCAUUGGAACACCAGCUAUCAUCUUGGGUAACCGUGAUCUUCUCCCGAAAUACAUCAAUCGUAAUCUCAUCUCUAUAGCAACUGUCGACGCCAAGACAUCGAUGCUCACCAUGCACCUCGUUGAUUCCAUCACCGGUGAAAUCAUCAAAACAUUCCUCCACCAAAACGUCGGUGGUAAAAUCUCGAUUGUCCACAUUGAAAACUCGGUUAUCUAUUCCUAUUUCGAUAUUACCAUUCAAAAACAAUUCAUAACUUCAAUCGAUCUUUUUGAAGAUGGUGUAAAUUGGAACAAACAAGUUUUCUCAUCAUAUGACUCCAAUAGAAAUAUUAUUAUUAAACAAAAGAGUUUUGUAUUCCCAUCGCAUAUUCAGACAUUGUCGGAAUCGGUAUCGAGUAAAGGUAUUACAUCCAAGUUUAUUUUGGUAGGAACAAUCUCUGGACAGGUAUUACCGAUUGAAAAGAAAUGGAUCGAUGCACGUCGUCCAUAUCCAUCAGAGGCAACUCCAUUCGAUCAAGAAGAAGGUUUAAUUCCAUACCAUCCAAAUUUGAAUUUCCCACCUUACCUUUAUAUUACUUAUAAUACAACUAUUCCAUUAUUAAAUUCAAUGACAACAGCAGGAACUGGAAAGGAAUCAACCUCAAUAAUUGUAUCGACAGGUAUUGAUUUCUUUGUUGCACUGAUUGCACCAUCCAGCGGUUACGAUGUUCUCAGUCAUAAUUUCAAUCAUUUCGCUUUGAUCUCUACUUCCAUGUUGUUGGCAGCAUUAACAUAUAUUACAAGAAUGUUGAGAAAGAAUAAGAUAUUGAAUAGAAAAUGGAAAUAA